AUGAUGAGGGGAAACCAGUGUGAGCUUGCCCAUCUGAAGAAUGCUAAGAACCUGGCUGACAAGGACAAGUGAAGCAAUGAGAGUCUGUUAGCUUCUGCCAGGAAGCAAAGGGAUGCUGAUAUCAUGCAACAAAUAUCAAAGAAGGCAAUUGAAAAAUCAGAGGUGUCAGAGUUGGACAGUGACCUUCUCCGUGCAGCACAAGGCACUGAUAUUCGAGAGGCGUUUGUGAUGGUCUUAACGAUAUCGUCUUUUGAUCAUCCGGAGAACUUGCAUAUCAAGUAG